ACAAUUUAGAUCAGACAUAGAAUUUAUAUUAUAAAGUGAAAAGUUUACUUUUUUUUAAACCACAACCCAAAUUCUCAGUACCAACUCAAAGCACACAAAAUGACAUUUAAGAAACUACUUUUCGUUUGCAUGGGCAACUCGUGCAGCUCGCCGAUGGCCGAGACAAUUAUGCAGACUCUGAUGGUGAAGACAAGCCUAUACUGGGAGGUGGACAGCGCAGCGCUGCGCACCUGGAACAUUGGCAGGCGACCACACAAGCUGUGCCUCAAAGUCCUCCGAGAGCACGGACUGCGCUCCGAUCACUUCUGUCGGCUGCUAACUGUGCAGGACUUUUAUUACUUUGACUACAUCAUUGCCAUGAAUGAGCAUAUAUUCAAGGAGCUGCUGCUGUGGGCGGAUGCCAACCGGAUUCUCGACACCUCACAUGUCAUAAUGCUCGGCGCGUACGGGAAGAAUGGCAAGAGCCCAACCAUUAUUGAUCUGUCGCCGGCACGCAAACUUAAAGCCUUCAGAAAUGCGUAUUAUCAAAUCAAGGACUGCUGCAAGGAGCUCAUACUGGGCGAACAGGUUAGCAUUGUGCGCUACAAUGUACCCAGUACGGAUGAUGAUGAUGAGGAGAACGCGUAUCAGGUGAAAAAUAUGUCUCAUGGAGACUCCACUGAAGGUCCCGAUUCUCCCUAUUCCCUGGUCGCCCCAUGUCACAAGAGCAGCUCGAAAAAUUCUGUAUCACCGUGCUCAGUUUGUUCCGUAGGUACGCCCCAGUCGAAUAAAAAGAAACUAUGCCACAAGUGUGGCCAGAAGUUCUUGGCUCAGCUCUGAGCGCGAGCCUCGAAUGGACUAUUGACCAUUUUGCUAUCCUAAGAAGACGAGACCAAGCUUAUUCACAGCGGCCAAUUGUUGAUUAUGAAAUAAACAUAAAAGUGACUUUGA